AUGGCAGUCAGAUUCACAGAGUUCCUGGAACCCUUUGAGAGAGUGAUCCAGCCAGAGGAGCUGUGGCUCUACAAAAACCCCUUGGUGGAGUCGGACCACAUCCCCAAGAGGGUAAUGUUCGCGAUGUCAUUUCUCACUCCGUUGGCUGUGAUAUUUGUGGUGAAGAUCAUUCGGCGGACAGAUAAGACAGAAAUCAAGGAGGCGUGUCUUGCUGUCUCACUUGCUCUGGCUUUGAAUGGAGUCUUCACAAACACUAUCAAGUUGAUAGUUGGCAGACCCAGGCCAGACUACUUCCAGCGCUGUUUCCCAGAUGGACAGGUGAAUGUUACAAUGCUGUGCACCGGAGAACCAGACCUGGUGUCAGAGGGACGCAAGAGUUUCCCCAGCAGCCACUCCUCCUUUGCAUUCUCUGGCUUGGGCUUCACCUCCUUCUACCUGGCUGGGAAGCUGCAGUGCUUCACAGACCGGGGCCGCGGGUGCAGCUGGCGUCUGUGUGCCAUGUUGCUGCCCCUCUACAGCGCUGUGAUGAUCGCCCUGUCCCGCACCUGCGACUACAAACACCACUGGCAAGAUGCCUUUGUUGGAGGGGUGAUCGGCCUGCUUUUUGCCUACAUCUGCUACCGGCAGCACUACCCCCCGUUCCUGCACAUGGACUGCCACCUGCCGUAUGCCAGUCUGGCCAAAGCCCCCCACCUCAUCUCUGCCCAGGGUGAUCCCCUGGUCCUGCCGACCGAGAACGCCACCAGCCUGCCUCUGAAGGGGCUGACGGAGGGGCCUGUAUAACUCCUGCCAACCCCUACCUCCAGACCCAGUCUCUAACCCCACCAUCACCCCAAGACCACUCAACCCGCUCCCCCUCUCACUAACUCUAGACUGACUAGCUAGUACUUACAUAUACCAGUGGACAGAACUGUACACCUCUCGCUCUCUCAAUAUUUCUCCUUGUCUCUCACCUCCCUCCACCCUCGCCCUUUGUUUGUUUUGCCUGCCGGAAUCAGCACCUU